AUGUCUCAACAGAUGCUAAGUCGCUGGAUAAAGCGGGAGAACAGCUCGUCUCCCGUGCCAGACGCGGCCAACGGCGCAAAAUCUGUGGCUAACAGCCACGGGAACGGCAAGGCUCGUUCCACCCCGUCGAGUGCGUCCAACGCGUCGUCCAUCGACGCGUUCAGGUAUUCCGCCACUGCUGGAUCGCUGACCCGCUCCAGAUUCGCCGACAAGCUUAAGGGAUACACUGUCGGGGCCCGCAAAAGGCCGUCCAGCGAGGACGACGAGGAUGCCCCUAAAAAGGCGAAAUCAAUCAAGCUGACACCGCUCGAGCAGCAGAUAUACGAGCUCAAGAUGCAACAUAAAGACAAACUACUAGCCAUCCAGGUUGGCUACAAAUACAAGUUCUAUGGCGAGGACGCUCGUGCCGCGUCGCAGAUCCUGAACAUCAUGUACAUUCCAGGACGGCUGUUUUUCUCCACGUGCGACGACCUGUACGAUAAAUUGGCGUACUGCUCGAUUCCCGACGUGAGACUCCAUAUUCAUCUGAAACGACUGCUGAAUGCCGGCUACAAAGUUGCCGUUGUUGACCAAAACGAGACGGCGGCCAUCAAGUCCACCACGUCGUCGAAGAACAAGCUGUUCGAGCGACGCAUAAGCAAGGUGUACACCUCGUCCACGUACAUCGACAACGAGGACGUGAUUUCUGGUGGCCGGUUUGUUGUCGCGCUGUCAGAGACGAGGAACAAGGAGAACGCUGUGAUCUCGCUUGUGGCUGUCGACGUCUACUCGGCAGACAUUAUAUACGACGAGUUCGAGGACAAUUUUGUGCGCAACGAGCUGGAAACCAGACUGUACCAUGUCGAUCCGACGGAAUUUCUUUUAAUCGGAGAAAUAUCGUCGGAAACACAAAAGGCGCUCGAUUUGUUCAAACGGCACACUCGUGAGUCUGCAACGAGGCUGCGGUCCGAGGCCAGAGCUGCAAAGACGUACACGCAGAUCGCCGAUGUUCUGAACGCGAACCUGUGCGACCAAGCUUUUGAUCUCGUCACAAAGCUUCCGGUAUCCGUCCAAGGCUGUUUUGCAGAGCUGGCCGAGUACCUCGGCGAGUUUGAAUUGGCCAGUGUGUUCGAUUUGGUGGACAAAUACACGCAUUUCUCCAGCGUCCAUCGAUGCAUGAUUCUAGACGCAAACACUCUGCGCAACCUCGAAAUAUACAAAAACAGCACCAACGGCGAGGAGUACGGCUCGCUGCUGUGGAUGCUGGACCACACAAACACGCAGUUCGGACGCAGAGAGCUCAAACGGUGGGUCGGCAGGCCGUUGACGGACAGAGAAGAGGUAGCCAGAAGAGCAGACUCCGUGGAAAGCAUUAUAGAAAACUACCAGUCUGCAGCCAUCGAGUCGACCGUCAAGCUUCUGCGCAACUGUCCGGACCUAGAGGCAGCGCUCAGCCGCAUCCACUACGGCCGGUCGAAACGCAAGGACACUUAUAUGUUUCUGAAGAAAAUGAACGAGAUUCUCCAGUUUUACGGAGACCUCCCGGACGCCUAUGUCCAGACGAACCCGUUUCUGCGCGAGAUAUUCCACGACCUCAAGACCGCAGCCACCUCCAGACUCAAAGAUUUCCGGAAUCUGCUGGACAUGGUCCACUCGCCAGCGGCCAUCGACGACACCAGCUCCGAACACGUGACCGGCUAUUUCAACACCAACUUCUUUGACUACCACCUAAUCCAGCAGCAUCUGGACAACAUUUCAGAGGUGGAGCAGCAGCUGGAAGCAGAGCUUAAGGAUAUCCGCAAGACCGUUGGCCGGCCGGGCAUGGGCUAUGUGACCAACAACAAGGAGCCGUACCUGGUAGAGGUGCGCAACACGCAGGUUGCCAGCUUGCCGAAAGACUGGGUGAAGAUCAAUGGCACCAAGUCCGUGUCGCGGUUCAGGACUCCGUCGGGAACUGCACUUUACAGACAGAUCCAGUUCCACACCGAGAUGCUCCAGAAAGAGUGCAACGACUGUUUCACUAGGUUUGUCAAGAAAAUCGACGAGUACUAUCUCGAUCUGAACAAAACUAUCCGGCAUCUCGCUGUGUUGGACUCGCUCAUUUCUCUGAGUGUCGCCUCGUCGCUCACCGAAGGGUACACAAAGCCUGUUUUUGUGGAUGCUCCGUGCAUUGACGUGAAGAACUCUCGUAACCCAAUCUCGGAAAACCUCAAGACAUCAACCCGUUACAUCCCUAAUGAUUUUCGAAUGUCAGACUCAGAAGGCAGAAUAGCCCUGAUCACAGGCCCGAAUAUGGGAGGAAAGUCGUCUUUCAUCCGUCAGAUCGCACUGAUCGUGGUUAUGGCACAGACAGGCUGCUACAUACCUGCGGAAGCCGGCUCGAAGCUGAGCAUUUUUGACUCGAUCCACACGCGAAUGGGCGCGCAGGACGACAUUAUCAAGGGCGAGUCCACGUUUCAAGUGGAGCUGAAAGAGUGCAGUACCAUCUUGAAAGAAUGCGGACCACGCUCGCUGGUUUUACUGGACGAGGUGGGCCGUGGAACCAGUACGAUGGACGGCUUCGCGAUAGCGCACUCGAUUUUGCGGUACCUUGUUACAGACAGGUCGCCGUUUGUACUAUUCAUUACACACUAUCAGAACCUCAAGUCAUUUAACAGGUUCAAAGAGGUGAAAAAUUACCAUAUGGGCAUCCAAAAAAUUGGUGAAGAUAUCGUCUUCACAUAUAAACUAUCGGCGGGAUGCUCUGAUCGUUCAUACGGUAUCAAUUGUGCAAAGUUGGCGGGACUGCCUAAACCGGUUCUUGAGUCCGCACACCAGAACUCGGCCAGGUUCGAAAACGACUGGAGACUAAAGGAGGCACUAAGUCUGGCACACAACUUUCGCACUCUCACAGAUACCAAAGACUAUGCGAAGCUGCUGGAACUGGCACAGGACCUGGCCUGA